UGUAGAGGAUUAAAAAGGGGUGGUUGUGCGACGAGCUGGGCUAAGAAUGUAGACAAUGGCAGGGGCAGCGGUGCUGUUGUUGUGUGUCUUCCUAGGACUAACUGACACCACCACGGCACAAGCGACAACGGACGAGCCUACCACAUUACCAACUACGGAGUUUCCAUCAAAUGAUGAUUGUUUUGCACCUUGGACCGUAAAUGUGAGCAAACGUUUCGAAAUAGUUUGGGAUGGAUUGGAAAGAGACGCGACUGUUUUUGUCAACAUUGUAGUCAUUGAAUACUACGGAGAUGACUGUUUGAAGAACAUCUCUAUCUCUGCUGAAUUUCACGACAAAGAAGCUGCACCAAUUCCAGAGUCUCCGUGUUUCAAUUCUGUGUAUAAGGUAGAUGUUGAACUACGUUGCAAUGACGAAAACAACACAGUGGCCCAGAAUUACAAAACUGAAAUAUGGACUGAACCUGAUGUGCCUCGAAAUGUUCACGUGACAAAUGUGACCACGUCUAGUUUCCGUGUAGUAUGGGACAAACCACCUGGUGCAAUAGAAGAAUAUAAGGUGAGGGUGAAUUCUGUCGAAACAAGCACAGCGGACACCUAUCUUGACUUGAGAGAUCUCCAACCCGUUACGAAAUACCAAAUUCAAGUUUCAGCGAAAAAUAAACAUGAAUGGGGAAAGUGGUCAGAAGCAAUUGGUAUUGAAACAAUGCAAAUUGAGUUACCGACGCCGCAAAACUUGAGGCAACUCAGUAUAACCAAUACCACCGUCAAACUUGCUUGGAACGAAGUCGAAUUCGAAGACUAUCCGAUCUUCUACAAUUUGCGCUUCUGGUCCGGAAAACGACAAAAGCGUGGAAGAGGCUUAAACACGACACAUUCCAGUAUCAAUCUUAAGCGUUUGAAUCCCUACACCGACUAUUUUAUCCGGGUCCGUGCCUGUACACUCGAAGCGACAGGAAAUUGGACGGAAGCACUCGCUGUCAAAACGUUGCCAGGAGUUCCCUCUGAACCGGAAAACCUCACGGUAGAAAAAGUCGAUAGCGUAAGCAUAAAGUUACAGUGGGAAGAGCCAUUUCCUUUUACAGGACCCAUUAUAUCCUACACUGUGGAAUGGAUGGAGUCUCAAAACUUGCUCGAAGUUCAACAGGCGGUGACAAAUGAUUCAUUUUAUACGAUUGAAAAUCUGAUCCCUCUGACAUCUUACGACAUAUCGGUGGCUGCAGAAACGGAAGCCGGGGUAGGAAAUUGGACGUCUCCGAUUCAAGUGAAAACAAAAAGUCCAGUACCUCCUGAGAACCUGAGGAGCACAAAUAUUAGCAGCAAUAGUAUCUCACUGGAAUGGGAAGAACCUCAAAUUUACAAAGGGAGAGGAAUUUUUGUUGCUUAUUCUGUCAGAUGGAACCAGCUGACAUUUCUAAAAGCAGAACCCAUAAAAACGACAAAUUUAUCGAUGACCAUAAACGGAUUAGAACCCAAAACAAGGUAUAUGUUUGAAGUUCAAGGAUGGACAGAAAAAGGAUCAAGUGAAUGGUCUAAACCUUUGAUGGUCGAAACAAAGGUUGGAGUUCCUGAUCCUCCCGUAAAGGUUUAUGAAGUGGCAGUGAGUAACACGAGCAUAGAAAUAAAAUGGGAUGUGUCAUCGCGAUACAAGAAUCUUGUAAAACUUCAUACAGUUGAAUGGCGUCAAAUGAGCAGCCACCUUGCUACAGCCACAAAUAUAACGGAGACAACCUUCAUUAUUGAAAACUUGAAUCCUUUCACCAAUUAUUCAAUCCGUGUUAAGUCUUGGACUGAGGACGGAGCUGGUGAAUGGGCUGGACCAAUUAUAGUGCAAACAGCUAUUGGAAUUCCUUUUGUGCCAACGAACGUACAAGAGGAUGAAGUGACUAACACCAGCAUUCUGAUAAAAUGGGACGAACCGUUUCCCUUCAGUGGUCCUAUUGAAAAGUAUGUCAUCAAAUGGCAAGAAGGGUCAGCUGAUCCGUUUGUGGGACACAGUUCUGAUCCAUCCUAUUUUAUUGAGGAACUGACUCCUUACCAAAACUAUUCCAUACAAGUCUCUGCUAAAACCCAAGCAGGAUUUGGAAACUGGUCUGAUCCUAUCACAGUCCGAACUAAGCCCGGAAUUCCAUUCAAACCCUGGGACAUCAAAGGAGAAAAUGUCACUAAUACCACCAUUUUGGUAAAAUGGAACGAACCGAAGCCAUCAAGGGGUCCUAUUGAACUGUAUUUCAUUGAAUAUCAAGAGGAAGGGUCUUCAGAGUGGGUACAGAAAUCCUCUGAUGUGCCAUUCUAUCUCAUGGAAGGAUUAACUCCAUGCAAAAAGUAUUUAAUACGAGUUUCUGCUAAAACAAAAGCAGGAAUUGGAAACUGGUCUGAUACUAUAACAGUUUCAACUACCACAGGACUUCCAAUGGUACCAAAAAAUGUUAAAAUUUCCUCUUCUAAACCUCGCAGCUUAGAAAUAAGUUGGGAAGUGCCAGAACCACAUAUGGGCAACAUUGUUGCCUAUUCCAUAAGAUGGGGUGAACGGGGAUCCGAUUUGCCUUCCGUUGAUUUCACCAACGAUACAUAUUAUAUCAUAAGAAACUUGUCAGCCUACACAUGGUAUUCGAUACAAGUAAGAGCAAGCACUGAAGCAGGAGAUGGCGAAUGGUCUAAUCCUUUAGAAGGCAGAACAGCAAUUGGAAUUCCAUCAUUGCCAAGGAAUUUCCAUGAAAAGAAGUCAACCAAUACAUCAAUUCAAGUUGAAUGGGAAGAACCCAUUCCAACAAACGGCCCGAUAACAAAUUAUACUGUGAGAUGGGCUAACAUCGACAACGAUGUCAUUGAUUCAAGGACAACGAAUGAAACAAACUAUCUCAUAAAGCCUUUGAAUCCGUUCACCAACUAUUCUGUUCAAGUGAGAGCGGCUACAGCGGCUGGAUUCGGUAAAUGGACAGAACCGUUAGUGAUACGCACUGAUAUUGGAGUUCCAUAUAAACCAAGGAAUGUGACUUCAGUGACGGUUACAGACACAAGCAUCCAUUUAAAAUGGGAAGAACCGGAACCGGUAGUUGGUAUUAUAACUCGCUAUGAUGUGGAAUGUACUGAUUCAUCAUCGAAUUCUUCUGUCACUGAGAAAACGUUUGAUUAUCUGUACUACAUAAUAAAGAAUUUAUCGCCCUUCACAAAUUAUACAAUCAGAAUUCGAGCAGCCACAAGCGCAGGUUCAGGGAAAUGGUCUGAUCCUAUCUUUGUACGAACGCUCAGUGGAGUACCGCUUCCUCCCAGGAAUCUUGAAAAAGAGAAAGUAACCAAUCUCACUAUAUGCAUCAAAUGGGAAGAGCCUUCUCCUUUCAAAGGUCCCAUUCUGUCCUAUAUUGUGCGCUGGAAACCUGCAGAUUCCAAAACAGUCGAAACUGGAAAGACCGAAGCCUCUCCAUAUUGUAUACAAAGUUUAAAGCCGUACACACUUUACAGCAUUGAUGUCCAGGCAGAAACGACAGCCGGAUUUGGAGAUUGGUCGGAAAUUAAGAAAAUACAGACAGCGAUUGGAAUUCCUGCUGCUGUUAAGGAAGUCAAGACAUACAACAAGACGGCUUGGACUAUUUAUCUGAAUUGGUCACCUCCAGAUCCGCCCAAUGGUCCUCUGAAAGAAUACAUGGUGAGCUGGGGAGAGCAUGAUAAACCGGAGGCGAUGAAAAAUUUCACUAACAGCACCUUCUUUGUCGCCAAAAACUUAACUCCUUACACUAAAUAUAUUUUCGAAAUCUCGGCAUCGACGGAAGUUGGGUUUGGACCGCCAUCUGGUUCUUUACUAGUAGAAACUGAGAUAGCAGUUCCUAGUGCUCCAGUGAAUUUAGGAUUGGUCUCUGCCAGCAACAUCAGUCUUACUUUAAAAUGGCAACAACCAAUCGCACCCAACGGACCCAUUUUGGGCUAUAUUGUUAGCUGGAAAGCAACUUACGUGGAAGGUUCUCCUAGCGUUUUCGAGGUGCAAACACUUCAACAUAAAAUACCGGAUUUGGUACCUUACAUGGACUAUUCUAUACAAGUUUCUGCUAAAACAAGUGCUGGAACUGGACCCUGGUCUGAUGUUUUAAUGGCAAGCACGAAAAUUGGGGUUCCGAAACCUGCUCAGGUGUUAGCAAUAGAUAUCGUAAAUUCGAAAACAAUAUCUUUGGAAUGGGAAACCAUCCCUCCAUAUCCUGGGCCCACGACUUUUGUGAUUGAAGUGUGGAGAAAAUCAAGCCACUGUAAUCCCAGAGCUGGAGCAGUCCUCGAAACUUUCAAAAAUGGUUCCAGAGGGUCGGGACAAUGGAAAUUUAAACGACCAGAAACUAUUGAGGGGCUCACACCUUACAGUGAAUACUAUGUACGAAUUUUGUUGAACACGGUUGUGGCUGGAAGUAUAAGUUCCAACUCCUCCGUAGUAAAGACACCACCAGACAGUCCUGGCGCACCUCGAAAUGUGGAGGCCGAUUGCAAAGAGAGCACCGAGACUGUCGUAAGGUGGCAGUCUCCAUUUAAACCCAACGGCAAGAUCAUCGAGUACCUGGUCAGGUACGGAGUAGAGUACUCUGGAUGGAGCGAAGAAGCUGUUUCAGUGGAGGACGAAUGUCAGGAGAAUCAUAGCUUUAGACUGAGGGGUCUGCGUCCUGAAAGGAAGUACAAGAUCUACGUUCGAGCGAAAGCCAAAGACGUCGAAGAGAACGGCGCUGAAGCCUCCAUAAAAGGAUACUGCGUGCUACCCGCAGGAAUUCCCCCAGUGGGCGAAAUAAAUAGCUUAUCUAUCCACGGAUCUGGCCCCCACACUUUAGAUUUAGAUUGGACAAGGAAUGUUUUCUCUGACACCAUGGGAGACAUCAUCCACUACGCCGUGAUUAUUGGCGUGUCGGAAGCCGUAGGCAAUGCAACGACCGGUCGCAUAGCUGAGACAUUUCCUUCCUGGUCCAAUUAUUCAGAGGGUUUCACGUCAUUCUAUCAAGCGACGCCUCUGGAGUGGAAUCCUUUUAAAGAAGAACAAGAAGAUCCUCUUCAUUGCAAGGAAAUAAAAGCGGAAGAACCAGAAAGGAAAACUUUUAUCAGAUGCACAGUCGGUGUUGACAGGGAAUGCCCCUCUGGUAAACCUUACUGUAAUGGGCCGCUUAAACCUGAUACUCGUUAUGGAGUGAAGUUGAGAGCUUUCACUAGAGGUGGAUUUUCCGAAACGGAUCCUUUAUAUACAGUCACAGAUCGCAUCAAAGAAACAUCUAGUAUUGUGGGUGUCGUCGUUGGAGUGAUAGUUGUCUUUCUGAUGUUGAGCGCUUUUAUUGCUUUCACUCUUAUCUUAAAAAGGAAAGGCAAGCUCGUAGAACUAAGGCUUUCCAUUCUGGCAAGAUUUGGACGUCAGCCCACAGCUCCCCAGCUACCAGCAGAGCAAGUGCUACAAUUAGAAGCAUGCCCAACUGUCGCACCUCUAACUAUCCGAAAUUUUGCCGACCAUGUGCGCCUUAUGAUGUCUGAUUCGCACUUGAGGUUCUCUCAAGAAUUUGAGACCCUGAAAAAGAAUAGCCCAAAAUUCCCUUGUACUGCAGCUGAAAUGGAUGAAAACAGACCAAAAAACAGGUGGCUGAACAUUUUUCCAUAUGAUCAUUCUAGAGUCAAAUUGCUGCCAUUGGGUGAUGAACCAGGAUCUGAUUUUGUAAAUGCGAAUUACGUUCCGUCUUUUCAGGGUUACUCCAGCCUCCGCGAGUACAUCGCCACGCAGGGUCCCUUAGCCAACACAGUGGACGAUUUCUGGCGCAUGAUUUGGGAACAGUCUGUGUCCAUGAUAGUGAUGCUGACACAGUGCGUGGAGAGGGGCAAGAACAAGUGUGAGCAGUACUGGCCGGACGCUGGCGAGGCGAAGCAUUACGGGGACAUGCAGGUCAGGACCAUAUCUGAAUCCAUGCUGUCCUCGUACAUCAUUAGGCUCUUUCACGUGCAGCUGGGAUCUCAAGAGCGCAGGGUAAAGCAGAUGCAUUUUACCCACUGGCCAGAUUUCGGAUGCCCGGAAUGUCCAGACGAUCUUAUCAACUUCAUCAGAGCAGUUCGAGAUCAUUUACCGAGGUUCAAACCUGGUCCUAUCGUAGUCCAUUGCAGCGCUGGCGUCGGCAGAACUGGUACAUUCAUCGCCGUGGACAGGCUCUCUCAGCAGCUUCGAAGCACAGACAGCAUUGAUAUUUUCGGCACUGUCAUGGAGCUGAGGCACCACCGAAUCAACAUGGUGCAGACGGAGGAUCAAUACAUUUACAUUCAUUUGUGCGUGAAACAACUCGUGGAUGACAUUAACCAACCACAUGAAAGUGAAUAUGAAGAAGCUAUAUAUUCCAAUAUAGGCAUGGAAAAAGAUACGGGAGUUUGAAACCAGAUGUGGAUUAGAAUUUCAAUCUGACUGCUAAACAUUCCUUUUAUUACAUUCCAAAGAGGAGGUGCUAUGGACAGUAUUAUCCGGUAACACAGCAACGCACAAGUAGAUACAUUCAGAUAAACGUCAGAUAUUUUUUCAAACUCUUUUUGAAUGGGAGAAGUUGAAAAUCAUCAUUGUUCUGUUGAGAGUUUAGAUAUUUAAUAUCUUCUAAGAAUGUCUUUCUCAUGUAUAAAUUAAAGAUCUAAUUGAAUGUACUUAACUAUUUUAUUGAAGCAGGGUGUUAGUAAAAGAAAUAUUUUUAACACUUUCUGAAUUGAAAACAAUUUCAAAUAUUUUUUUUACUAUCGAAACAUGGACUUAUUAAAUUAUGGAUCCUGAGUGCAAGUGAGGUCUCCUUACUGCAUAUUGGGGACCAUCAAAUUUUGAAUGCUAGUGCUCUUGCCUUAUUUUUCAAUAUUCUUCAUCUCCUGCCUCAUGCGAUUAAUUAAGUGAAAACUAAAUUAAUAUAAAUUAUAGAUAAAGUAUAGAAAAUUAUUAUUAUUUAAUUACGUCUAAAAUAAUGUGACUGAAAAUAGUUUAAAGAAGUUUCAGCUUUAAUAAUAUUUAUGGAAAAACUUUGAUUAUGAAUCGUAAAUAUGCAGAUGGGGAAUAUUUAUGAAUUCGUCGCAUAUUACAUAUAUCUUAUCAAAAAAUUUUUAAGAC